AUCGACGCAUAUGCUCAUCUCCCAUCCACAUACAGGAGGCGAACAAGGGGCUGUAGCGUCCUACAUAGUUGCACAGGGAGACGCACAGGAAGUGCAAGUCGAGUGAGUGACGGCGUUCCGGGCUGUCGUCUGCACGCCUACAGAUAAGCGACUACAUUCCAAAAGAGCAGUUGUAGGUGCCCGGUUCGGUUGUAAACACAAUGCCAAGUACACUGCGAAACCGUGGCCCGACCAAACCAACAACCAAGAAAAACAGUACUCCUGAUACAACAUCACCAGACACCAAGAAAGCUACAACAUUCACACCAACCAGCACUGUGUUCGCCACAGCGAUAUUCCAACAGAUAUGCUGUGGUAUGAACUGUGGGUUAGUCGUGACCAGUGGCCACAGGCUGAUAGAGCCCGUGUACGGCAACGUAUUCUCCAGUGCUGCCGACGAGGCAUUGGUUCUAUCAGGGGCAUUGGCCUUCAUAGUCUGUACGUUAUUGCAUCCCUAUGUCAUCCCUCCGGCGUGGAACGAGAAGAUCAUCUCGUUCGCUAUUCCCAUGGCGGCUGCAUGGUACGCUGCCUCGCUUCUCAAGGCAAAGUCUCUACACAGUGGGAUCAACACAGGCCUUGUCCCCACUGAAAUAGACCCACACGCCGUUGCUCGGAUGGCUGGGAUGGUUAUACUGGGUACACCUGUAUGGCUGAUGAGCAUCACAGCAGCGUUAAACAAUAGCUGGACCCGCUCGUAUGCACAUGCUCUGCUGUAUGGCUUUUUCGGUGUGGGCUGGGCCUUGGGUAAUACCAUAGCGGCCAUGUUUAGUCUACAGGCAUUCGGCGGGGUGGGGAGUACCAUAGGCAUGUUUGGGAUGGAUGUGUGCCAUGCCACCCUAGCAACGGGAGCAACGGUUAUAUUUAUAGCCUUCCUGCUAUUGGUGGUUGACCGUGCGCAACGCACUGCUAAUGGCCGGGGUGUGGGCAAGUGGGAGCGCUGUAUGACUGUUUCUCUGAUGAUGGCGAGUCAGGCUGGGUUAGUGAGCUCUAGUUUGCUCUCGCCGUUCUGUUCCACCCACGUGCCAUACAACAUUGCCCACGGCUUGACAGAUAGCAGGUACCAGCUACUAGACCGAACCGAGAGCAACACGGGUGUCAUUGCGAUUGUUAACGACACCGAGAGGGGGUGUGUGCUGAUGAAGGCCGACCAUUCCAUCCUGGGUGGCACCUACGGGGCAUUCCCCCACUCGAGCAUAUUCGCAGUCUUCCAUACACACGAGGCCGUGAGACUGGCAGUGCAGUCCGACGACACGAUAGCGAAAGAGGAUCAGAAGCAGUUGCGGUUCUUGCAGAUAGGGCUGGGUGUGGGUGUGGCUGCAGCCGCUAUGCAGGCGCACAGGUGCCACGUGGACGUGGUCGAGAUCGACCCGACUGUGGGCGUGUAUGCAGACAAGUACUUUGACUAUGACAUGCAAUACAAACCGGGCCAGUUUUAUGCCCAGGAUGCCGUGGCUUGGCUAGAAGAGCGGGACACAAAACUCAAGUACGAUAUGGUGCUGCACGAUGUCUUCACGGGCGGCUCCAUGCCCUCGGCCCUGUUUACGGUGGAGGUGUUCCAGCUGAUUCGAGAUAGCAUGACUGGCCGCGGUGUGCUGGGGGUCAACUACUUCGGUCAUAUCACGGGCGACAAGGCCGCGGACACGCGUUUGGUUGUGGCCACACUGCUGGGCGUGUUUGAGCAUGUGCGCACUUUCUCAGACGAACAUCCUGGUGACGCACACAACUUGGUGUUCUUUGCCUCGGAUGUGCCAAUCAAGUUCCGAACGCCCGUAGAAGCUGACUACCUAGGCAGCAGCAUCCGAGCGCGAGAGCUGAGCUCACUCUCAGAAAAGGAAGUGACAAUACUACCGUACCAAAAACUGACACAAUCAAAGCGCAAAGGCACCUCGAAGCCGUUUCCCAUCAUAAACAAGGACAACCCUCUCACAGCUCUCGAGAAGAAAUUCGCUUCAGGGACAUACCAUUUCCGUGCAAUGCGAGAAAUAUUCGACGUGAACGAUUUUUGGAUCGAAUUUAUGUAACGCACAUGUUUUGCAACCGCUAUUGGCCCUUGAGAUGUUUAAUUUCCAUGCGCACACAAUUUGCGAUCAUGAAGGGUUUCAGACCGUUCAUGUCUCGCUUCUGAGCGAUACGCCUUAGAAUGGCCACAGGUAUACGAUGCUGAGCCUGUGCACUCGAUACGCGUCCGACCGUAGAUACGAACCCUGUCAGCGGUUUCUACCAAACCAUAGCUCUGCCCUCCAAUCGUGUGAGAUGGAUUAGGCGCACGAGUGUACGUAUGGCCCCUGCCAGCGGUAUAUAGCACAUAUAUUGCUGAAAAUGUCAACCGUAAGGGGCGCAGUAGGUCAACAAAUGCAGGUAAAGUAUCUACUGGUGGUAGAUAAAAAUAUCACAACUCGGUAUACUGUUCCAUGUGAAUGCAUCUGGUACACGAGUGCACCUGCGAACAUCGACCACGACAGUCGCGAAGGUCUAAGAAGUGGAGAAUCCGGUAUCCAUAGCAACCCAUGAUGUCAGCAACACAGAGAGCUGCAGUGAAGAUGACCGCUUAUCAAGAGACCAAGAGUCCAUAGCCGAGUUUAAUGGGUAGCAAUAGAUUGUCCACCAUGCCAUCCGCAAUAUAACUGUACAUGUCGCGGAUGACGGCUUUGUAGCUCCAUUUUGAAUGUGUGCGCUAACAAAUCCUUUUUCCAAUCCGGA